UGAUUUUGUCUUGAGAAAAAGAGGAAAGGAAGGAUAUUUACUCAAGCUCACGAAGCCAUACAUACGUACGAAUACGAUUAGGAACCAAAGUAAAUAAACGUUAGAGGCAGUUUCAACUUUCAACUUCUUAGUCUGAGUUCCGGUUUACUCUCUGGAUAGAGGUUUCGGCGUUUGUUUCCCGAGAAAAUGUGUGGUAGAAGCGGAAAUUAACAGAGUAUCUUUCGAAAAGGUUGGAGGUCUAUGUUAUUCAGGCAUGUUCUGUUCAAGUAGGGCGUUUGUUGCACAUGGCAUUCGUAGUCUUUUUUAUGUAUCCAUGUGGCAUGUGUUUCAGUGUGAGACAAUUGAGAGGUGCAGUCCUAUCUGAGACUAGGAAAGGAUACUUGAAUGCUUUGGGAAGAAAUAUGAGGUUCAGUAAUUUUCUGUUUUCCAAACUAUCGAGAUCAUAUUCUAGAUCAAGACAUAAGCUGGCUGAAAAGGUGUUAGAUGAAGUUGAUGGUUAUGGUUUGUCGAGUACAUGUAGUCGUCCAAAGGUUCUUGACAAGGUAUCAGUUAUGAUGGGUUAUGAUGAUAUUCAUGAUUAUAAAGAUGGAAGGGAUUUUGAUGUCUCAUUAGUAUGUAAGAAAUUUCCAUCUAUUAUAGUGGGUAGUUCCCCUCCAGUGAUCUUGUAUAAUGGGACCACAGAUUUCUGCAACAUGAGAAACAUUCUAGCAACAGAAGGUUAUGAAGAGUUCCUUUCUGAGUCUAUAGGCGAAGAGCAGACACAGAAUAGUCUCCAUGAAAUGCGGGACACUCUGGAUUCCACUGAAACAAGUGUGCAAACAGAAUUACCAAGAGAACCUAGUUCUUAUAUGCUACCUUCAUCUCCUCAGCCCAUUACAUUGGUCACUGAGGAAAUAUUGAAUCAACCAGUCGCUGUAGAGGAAUUUAUUUGGUUUGACUCACAAAUUGAUGUAGCGUCAACCGAGCCACUUCUUGAUCAAACUAUUAAUUGCAUACCUGGAUUAAAAAAGAGGCACUGUCAUAAGCUGGAAGACUCUGGUUUUCACACGCUGCGGAAAUUGCUACACCAUUUUCCUCGAACAUAUGCUGAUUUAAGAAAUGCUCAGCUUGGAAUUGAAGAUGGACAAUACUUGAUUUUUAUGGGAAAAAUCUUAUCUUCAAGAGGAAUCAGAGCUAGUUCUUCUUUUUCAUUUCUUGAGGUUAUCGUGAGUUGUGAGAUUGGAAACAGUGACUCAAAUUUUGAGAAUGAAACUGAUGGUAGAGAUCUUAAAGAAAACAAGACAAUAUAUUUGCAUUUGAAGAAAUUCUUUCGCGGUACACGUUUCACAUUUAAGCCUUUUCUUCAAAGUCUUCAGGGGAAGCAUAAGGAAGGGGAAAUCGUGUGUGUUAGUGGCCAAGUGAGGACUAUGAGUACCAAAAAUCAUUAUGAGAUGAGAGAAUAUAAUAUUGACGUGCUUGAAGAUGACAAAGAUUCUUCAUUUCAUGCGAAAGGAAGGCCAUAUCCCAUUUACCCUUCAAAAGGAGGCUUAAAACCUAAUUUUUUGAGAGACAUUAUUGCAAGUGCUUUACAAGCUUUACAAGCUUUGCCAGCAAAUGUUGAUCCCAUUCCCAGAAGCAUUGUUGAAGACUUUGGACUGCCAAGUCUUUAUGCUGCAUAUAAUGGGAUUCACCAGCCAAAGGAUAUCAAUGAGGCUAAUUUGGCUCGGAGGAGGCUUAUAUUUGAUGAGUUCUUCUACUUGCAGCUAGGCCGCUUGUUCCAAAUGCUUGAAGGCCUUGGUACGCAAUUUGAGAAAGAGGGAUUACUUGAUAAGUAUAGGAAACCAGAAAGCAGUGCUGCUUAUAUGGAGGAAUGGUCUAGUCUCACCAAAAAGUUGGUGAAAUCUCUUCCAUACUCUCUUACUUCUAGUCAGCUUAGAGCUGUUUCCGAAAUUAUUUGGGAUCUUAAACAAACAGUGCCCAUGAAUCGGCUUUUGCAGGGCGAUGUUGGUUGUGGGAAGACUAUAGUAGCCUUUUUGGCUUGCAUGGAAGUUAUUGGCUCCGGAUAUCAGGCAGCUUUCAUGGUUCCGACUGAGUUGCUUGCAAUCCAACAUUACGAGCACUUUAAUAAUUUGCUUGAAAGCUUAGAGGAAGUUGAGUGCAAACCUUCUGUAGCUUUACUAACAGGGUCAACACCAUUAAAACAAUCACGAAUGAUUCGUAAGGAUCUCCAAACUGGAGACAUAUCAAUGGUCAUUGGAACCCACAGUUUAAUUUCUGAAAGCGUGGAGUUCUCUGCACUCCGGAUUGCUGUGGUAGAUGAGCAACAUCGUUUUGGUGUGAUCCAGCGAGGAAGGUUCAACAGCAAGUUAUAUAAUAACAUAAGCUCCAAAGUCGCAACAGGCAAUUCAGAUGAGACCUCAAAAGGUGACAAUUAUAUGGCUCCAAAUGUUCUUGCAAUGUCUGCCACUCCAAUACCAAGGACUCUUGCUCUGGCAUUAUAUGGAGAUGUUUCCUUAACUCAGAUAACUGACUUACCUCCUGGAAGAAUACCAGUUGAGACCGUCACUGUUGAAGGAAAUGAGGAUGGAUAUGAGACCGUUUACAAGAUAAUGCUAGAUGAGUUACGAGGAGGAGGGAAAGUUUAUCUUGUGUAUCCAGUUAUUGAGCAAUCUGAACAGCUACCGAAACUUCGUGCUGCAUCUGCGGAUUUUGAAGCUAUUUCCACCAGGUUUCAGGGCUACAGCUGUGGAUUAUUGCAUGGAAAAAUGAAAAGCGAUGAGAAAGAUGAGGCACUUAAACGAUUUAGAAGUGGAGAAACUCAAGUACUGCUUGCCACACAAGUAAUUGAGAUUGGUGUAGAUGUUCCGGAUGCAUCAUUGAUGGUUGUUAUGAAUGCCGAAAGGUUUGGAAUAGCUCAGUUACAUCAGCUUAGAGGAAGGGUUGGACGCGGAUCAAGGAAAUCUAAAUGCAUAUUUAUAGCAUCUACUUCUACUAGUCUUGGUCGACUGAAGGUUCUGGAGAAAUCGUCAGAUGGUUUUUACUUAGCAAACGUGGACCUUCUCUUACGGGGACCUGGUGAUUUGCUUGGUAAAAAACAGUCGGGACAUAUUCCGGAGUUUCCUAUUGCCCGAUUGGAAGCAGAUGGAAAUCUUUUACAAGAAGCGCACCUUGCUGCACUGAAAAUUUUAGGUGCUUCUCAUGAUUUGGAGAAAUUCCCAGUGCUCAAAGCAGAGCUUAGCAUGAGACAGCCACUUUCUUUUCUCGGUGAUUGAAAUCCUGAUCUCAAAAAAUAAUUGGCACAACAACAUGUCAGAGAAGACGAAGAAUUGGAAACCGUUAUCUCACGCUUCUCGCCAAUGAUCUCAAUCCAGUACAGGAGAAUCCUCUCCCUAGAACUCAAUGAGAGUAGUCAUCAUUGCAGUAUGUUGCCAUGGUAAGUUAUUUUCGAGGAUAAUUUUGCCAUAUCUUUUUUGGAAGGGGAAUUUUGUUUUGUCUUUCAAUGAAGCUUGGAUUGGACGUACUUCAAAUUAUAUUAUAUAUAUAGAUGUAUAGGAAAUUUUGGCAAAUUGUUUUUGCUUUUACAUACCAUUGUCGGCAAAACUCAACAUGUGAACUAACAAGUUGUAAGUGGUAUGCCUCUAUUUUCCAAACUGCAAUAUCCUAAACAUCAUUUUGUAGUUGAAGCUCUUGGAUUGGACUAGAGUAAAGGUUUUUGUACAUAUUUUUCGGAUACGUGGCAUCCUAUAUCUUUGUCGAAAACUUGUUUAAUGCAAUUAUGACUAAGGCUUAUGUUGGCAAA